AUGGCUGACAAUCCCUUUGCUUCUCUUCUCACAGCGAACACUUCCAGAGCUCGCACAAGAUCGCCUUCCUACGAUCCGGCCACUCCGUCCGGCAAGGAUGCCGACUUCGAUCUAUCAAAGGAAGGGCAAAGGGAGAUCGAUGGCGCGCCUAAUGCAGACAAAGCCGCAAAAUCUGACGACGUAUCAGCUGCCGACUACGAUCCUGUCGUUGACCGCAAGAGGGACGAAGAGAGAGAGACUCGCCGCUUGCAGAAUCCAGCAGUCUCCACAUCAGAACAGGGUCUUGCAGAAGGGGUGGGCGAGCCUGCGACCAGACUGACGGCGAAUCCCUUGGAACAUGCCGAAGCAGAGUCAGACUUCGAAGAGGUCGAGGUAGAUGACGAAGACGACGACGACGACAUGUUCGCAGUCAGUUCCGAAGCCAAGAAGAAGAAGAUUGUGCGAGUCAAGAAGAGCAAGACGAGUAACGGGCAAGAGGUUGCCGCUUCGCAAUUCAAAGAUGCUUUGCCCUCGCACGGCGGCCUCACGGACAAUUGGGAUGAUUCAGAAGGCUACUACCGCAUUGUGCUCGGCGAGAAGAUUGGACCGAUGGGGCGCUUUCACGUCUUUGCGAAUCUGGGCAAGGGUAUGUUCAGUGAAGUUGUCCGCGCCAAGGAUCUUGGGGAAGAUGGCAAAGGCAGUGGAGACAAGGAGGUGGCCAUCAAGAUCGUAAGGAGUCAAGAGACGAUGUACAAGGCUGGACUCAAGGAGAUCGGUAUCCUCAAGAAGCUCAGCAGCCUCGACCCGGAAGACAAGCGACAUGUUGUCCGCCUCACCUCCCAUUUUGAGCACAGAGGGCAUCUUUGCAUGGUUUUUGAAUCGCUGAGUAUGAACCUGAGAGAGGUCGUCAAGCGCUUCGGAAAGGAUGUCGGACUGAAUUUGCGGGCUGUACGCGCAUACGCUCAUCAAAUGUUCCUCUCGCUAGCACUGAUGAAGAAGGCUGAAGUCAUGCAUGCAGACAUCAAGCCAGACAACAUCCUCGUCAACGAAGCCAAGACGAUGCUCAAGAUCUGCGAUCUGGGAUCCGCAUCGGAUCUGACCGAGAUGGAGAUCACGCCAUAUCUGGUCUCGCGCUUCUACCGAGCGCCCGAGAUCAUCUUGGGCCAGCCAUAUGACUGCUCAUUGGAUAUGUGGUCUAUCGGUUGCACGCUCUACGAGCUCUACACCGGCAAGAUCCUCUUUCCUGGUCGCAGUAACAAUCAAAUGUUGCUCUUGAUGCAGGAGUUGAAGGGAAGGCUCACCACACGCCAGAUCAAAAAGGGCAAAUUCAGUAGCCAGCACUUUGACGAGUCGAAUGCUUUCCUCAGUCGAGAGAUGGACAAGAAUACUGGCAGCGAGACCGUUCGCAAAGUCGUGCUGUCGACGAGCCCAAACAACGACCUUCGGUCCCGUCUUCUGUCGUCUUCCGUUGUCAGAGGUCUCACUGAGGACGAGCUUCGGCUGACGCAGCACUUUGUCGAUCUCCUCGGCAAGACGCUGGAGCUGGAUCCAGCCCGGAGGAUCACGCCCAACGAAGCACUGAAGCAUCCUUUCCUGAAUUGAACGGACGUUGUUCCGAUGCAUCUUGAGAUACACUGGCAGUAUGAUGAACAACCUUCUUCUUCUUCCACCCUUGUGCUGGUAUCAUCUGUGAGAGUAUUCUAUUGACAUUGGAAGCCGAGGAAGAUGCCUUGGCUCCUCUGUUGUGUGGAGUGGAGCGGAUUUCGAAUUUCCUUUCCGCCUUGCGC